AUGGUUUCAUCUGGAAGAACUAUCUCCAUGUCUCACUCAGCAUCAAUCUUUUUGCAUCUGUGUGAUACACAGCACCCCAUGCCAAGAGCUUACAUCACAAUCUCUUAUUCUCAAAAGCAGCCCACAGCAAAACUGCUCAUUAGACAUGGAAAAAUAUUUUUUCUGAGAAUCUAUAUUAAAGCUAUAAACUCUAUUUUGGAGUUUGGAAUAUUGACAAAGCUCAGACGUGUUUUUGACCUGAGUUGCUUCCACAUGAAACAGGUGGAAAUGAUAUUUGGUGGUUGUGAGUUUAUACAAUCAAACUGCAUAAAAGGGACUGCCCCUGUAAGUUGCCAUAUAAAAAUAGAAGUCUUUUACCUGUGA